AUGUCCGAAAAAGAACACAAACAAGAGCUAAUCACUCUCAUGGACGACAUUAUGUCUGAAAUUGAUCUCAAACCUUUGCACCCGAAGAAUAAACUUUUGCUUUAUAGUCGUUACCUCCUAUCCAAACUUUCCUGGCAUUUCACUGUAACCACCUUAUCAAGAACCUGGGUCACUGAAAAUAUGGAUUCUGUGGUGAACAA